AUGAGAAAAACUGAGGCUAGAAGAUGAUUUUUUGGAAAUAACCGUGCAAUUUUGAUUGAUGUCAUUUUUCAAUUUUAGUACGUGUAGGAAAAAUGCCCAAAAAGAAAACAGGGCAGCGGAAGAAGGCCGAAAAACAGCGACUGAGGCAGAAGGAGAUCAGAACGGCUAAGGAGAAUGUGCAGCUGGCGCAGCACCCAUGCAACUCGCUGAUGGAAUGCGAAAAGUGCCAUCGGAAGCAGAAAAGCCGGGCGUUUUGUUACUUUUGCCAGAGCAUCCAACGCCUGCCUGUUUGCGCCCAAUGUGGCAAAAUGAAGUGCAUGUUAAAGACGGGGGAUUGUGUGAUAAGACAUGCUGGCGUCUUCACAACAGGGAUGGCUAUGGUGGGUGCAAUUUGCGAUUUUUGCGAAGCUUGGGUGUGCCAUGGAAGGAAAUGCUUGCAGUCGCAUGCUUGCACUUGCCCUCUACAAGAAGCCGCUUGCUUGGAGUGUGAAAGAGGCGUUUGGGAGCAUGGAGGGCGGAUUUUCCGAUGCUCAUUCUGCGACGGGUUUCUUUGUGAAGAUGACCAGUUUGAACAUCAAGCCUCUUGCCAGGUGCUGGAGUCGGAGAAUUACAAGUGUCAAUCUUGCAACAAACUGGGACAAUACUCGUGCUUGAGGUGCAAGACUUGCUACUGUGAAGACCACGUGAAGAGGAAAGGAUUCAAGUAUGAGAAGAACAAGGGGAUUCCUUGUCCGAAAUGUGGCUACGAAACGUCGCAGACAAAGGAUCUUAGCAUGUCCACGAGGAGCCACAAGUUUGGAAGACAAGGCCAGGCCUCAUAUGAUGAUUACGAAGCUGGGGGAGAUGACUAUGGAGAGGAAGGCGGCUAUGCAGGCUACAGUGGUGGAAAUGGGUAUGAAGAUCAGUCAUCUGAUGAAGAAGAGGAGGAUUCUGAUGAGGAGGACGAAGAAAGUCAAAGCGAUGAAGAAACUGAUGAUAGCCAGAAUGCCGAUUCGAAACAAAGCACCAAACCAAAAUAGGAACUAAUUUGUUGAUUUUGGAUACCGCCACUUUAUUUUCCAUUGAGAUUUAUUAAAUAGAGCAAAUUUUUUUGA